AUGAAGGUUGCGGGACCUGCGCGCGAUUGUUUAACUGAGUGGCGAACAGUUACACUUGAUCGUCUGGUUUUGGUUUUCAAUAAACUUCAAGAGUUUUAUGCGGUUGAAACAUAUCGGGGUUAUUGUCAUCUAGGUGAUUAUCGAUUGAGAGCGGAGUUCAUGAAUUUGACCAUGGAUAAAUCUAUUUUAUCAACACUCGAAUUCGUUGAUCCAAAGGAAAUUAUUGAAAAUAUCAAACGAUUUGAUUGCAACAUUAACAAUGAUUCACCUGUAGAAGAAGAGAAACCAAAACCGUUGACCUCGUAUCAAUUAUCUCGAAUAUUUAUCAAUGAUAAUUGUGUUAAAUUUGAUGUUGAUACUGGUGUUUGGAUCGUUGAAAAUAAAGCCAGAAAUGAGGCUCAUAUGGUCGAUUUAAAAAGUGUCGAUAAAGAUAAUCAUCUGGUCCCAUCGUGCACAUGUCAAUUUUCCAAAACGAACAAAAAAGGGGAUUGUUGCCACAUUAUGGCAACAAAACAAACGUUUAAAGCGAAAAUUGUGCAACCAAAACCAAAUUUGCAGCAAUUACGGCAAUCUGCGAAACGUGAAAUUGGUAUAAAAAAGUCAGGUACAAAAAAGCCGACUCAAUUGGAUAAACAAAAGCCGUCAAGUGUCGAAAACUCGGCGAAAAUUGUCACGAGGAAAUUGAACCAAAGACCGAAAAUUCCUCAAAUUCGAAAACCAUUGGCUAAUCUGAUGAAUCUAAUGGAAGAUGAUGACAAUAUAGAAAUUUUUUGA